GUGAGCCAUCUCAAAAAGAGCCCAGGUCCUCGUUUACCUCUCGUUUUCUCCCAGAUAAAACAAACGCCGCACCAGACGUCUCCCCACCCCGUCGCCAAUCAUGAAACUGAUCGCCGUUUUCGCCGCUAUCCUCGUCGUCGCCCUUGCGGCGCCCCAGGGUCGUCAGGACAACAGCCAGAUCGUGCUCGUGAAGGAGACUCCGUUGGACAACAUCGGCAUCGACGGUUACCAGUACGCGUACGAGCUGUCGAAUGGCCAGUCCCAUCAGGAGUCCGCGCAGCUUCAGAACGCCGGCCAGGAGAACGAGAGCCUCGUUGUUCGCGGUAGCUACACUUACGUCGAUCCGGAGACCAACGUCAGAUACACCGUCAAUUAUACCGCCGACGAGAACGGUUUCCAUCCCGAGGGCGCGCACUUGCCGUCCGCCUAAAAAUCCUAGCGGAAAAAAAUUUUCUUGUCUGUAAAAUAAAAUUCAUAACUGUGUGUAAAUAAAAUCUUUCCGAUCGUACAUAUAUAUUUCUCAAAUUGUGCGGCUACGUUCGAACGAAAACUUAAAUAAUAAUUUUUGUUUCCGUUUUUUUCUCGAUCGUAGCGAUACGAGUUUUCCAUGACAAACUUAUGUUUUAGUUCUAAAUAAAUCCAUUUUUAAAGUUUUA